AUGGCGGAUCGAAACGAGGACGUUGCGAUGGACUCAGAUAUCCCCGAGAUUGAGAGUGAUGACCAAGACAUGGAGCAAAAGAUCAUAAACGAAGAGUACAAGUCGUGGAAGAAGAAUGCCCCCUUCAUCUACGAUUUUAUACUUAGCACCGCGCUGGAGUGGCCAACUCUGACAACCCAAUGGUUCCCUGACAAGAAGGAGCCUGCGGGCAAGAACUGUACCAUCCAUCGACUGCUGAUUGGCACCUAUACAUCAGAAGGCGCUCAAAACUACCUACAAAUUGCAAACGUCGAGAUCCCGAAAGGCGUUGUCCCAGACCCCUACGACUACGAUGAGCCACGCGGAGAGAUCGGUGGCUAUGCAUACCGAUCCCCCCAAGGUACCGAGCACGGCGCCGUCAGGAUGACCAUCGAACAGAAGAUUGAUCACCCGGGCGAGGUAAAUAAGGCGAGAUACCAACCGCAAAACCCCAACAUGAUUGCCACCAUGGCUCCCGGCGGACGAGUUCUCAUCUUCGAUCGCACCAAGCACAGCAGCAACCCGAAAGGCGUUGUAAGUCCUGAUGCGGAACUAGUAGGCCACACGGAAGAAGGAUUUGGGCUGUGCUGGAACCCUCAUGAGGCUGCAAAGCUUGCGACUGGUAGCAGGGACAUGACGGUUCGUUUGUGGGACGUCAAAAGCCUCGGGGCUGCUCAUACCAACAUCAAUGCAGAUUCCGUCUACACGCAUCACACUGCCAUUGUUAACGACGUCCAAUACCACCCGUUCCACAAGUCUCUCAUCGGAACCGUCUCAGAUGAUUGCACCCUUCAAAUUCUCGAUACCCGGCACCCUAACACCACAGAGUCUAUCAUUACGUGUGAUGCUCACACAGACUCCGUCAAUUCCUUGGCGUUCAACCAUUUCUCUGAGUUCGUCCUGGCUACGGCCUCUGACGAUAAGACGAUUGGUAUCUGGGAUCUGAGAAAUCUGAAGGAUAAGCUGCAUUCGCUUGAGGGCCAUGGUGAUACCGUUACUUCUCUGGCUUGGCAUCCAUACGAGGAGUCAAUUCUUGGCAGCGGUAGUCAUGACCGUAGAAUUAUCGUCUGGGAUCUUAGCAGAGUUGGCGAAGAGCAAAUGCCAGAAGAUCAGGCGGAUGGACCUCCAGAGAUGCUGUUCAUGCAUGGCGGCCACACGAACCAUCUUGCGGAAUUCAGCUGGAACCCCAAUGAGCCUUGGGUAGUAUGCAGUGCUGCGGAUGAUAAUUUGAUUCAGAUCUGGAAGGUUGCGGAGGCGAUCACAUGCAAGGAUAUCCAUGAUGUACCGAUGGAUGAGCGUCGUGAGGGUUGA